AUGUCUUCGGCAAAGAACCUGGUCGAGUUUCCCGACGUGGAGGCGAAGCUCCAGAAGGCACCCAAGCAAUCCGCGUUCGAGAAACAACGAGCCGAAGCCGAAGCAAAGAAGGCCCGCGAGGCCGCCGAGACGGCCGCAGUAUACCAAGACUUCGUCAAGAGCUUCGACCACGAUGACGAUGACGACACAGGAAGCAGCCGCUUUGGCUCUUUCCCUCCACAACGGCCACCGAAGGGCCCUGGUUUCGGCGGCGCGCCGCUGGGAGGAGUCGCUGCAUCGAAACGACAUUUUGGCGCAUCUGCACUUAAGAGCGGCCCAGGCAGCUUGGGUCCUGUUUCUAACAUGAAGAGUGGUCCAGGAAGCUUGGGUCCUCCCGCAGGAUCAUUCGGGAGAAAGAGAGGUUUCGACGCAUACAGGCAAGAGAGGGAUAGUGGCAGGCUGGGCUUUGACGAUCGCGAAGAGCCAAUGUCAGUCUCCAAAGCAUUUCACAACAGCGAUGAUGAGGAGGAAGGCAAGUCGGACUCGAGAGAGGAGAUGGCCGUGGCCAGGCCAACGUUGCGCCUGUCCCAGCUGCCGCCAGGCACGUCUAUGGCAUUCAUCAAGUCACUGAUACCGUCCAACCUGACCGUCGAGAACGUCAAGAUUCUUCCACCCGGGGGUCCGUCUGGUACAGAGAGGAAGUGCGCGGUAGCCAUUGUCACCUUGUCACAAGAAACACCCGCAACAGACAUGGACGCCGCAGUAAGCUCAUUGCAGAAUCGCUACCUUGGAUAUGGAUUCAAUCUUUCGCUGCACCGACAUCUCUCCUCAGCCGUUGCGAUUUCCACAGCAUCAACACUUAGCAGCACAACUGCUGGAUCGCAGCCUUUCGGGGCCAAGCCCGUGGCACAACAGACCGCACCAGGCAACGCCGCAACGCAGCAGUCUUUCCAUCGGGGCUUCGCGCCGCCCACCUCUUAUGGGCCGAACGCCGCAGGCUCAGUCAACAGGAACAGUCUGCUUCAUGUUCCCGUCAAGCCACCAAACGACAUCAAGAUGCUCCAGCUCAUCAACAAGACGGUCGAGUCUGUUCUAGAGCAUGGCGUGGAGUUUGAGGCUCUUCUCAUGACCCGUCCCGAGGUCCAGAGGGAGGAGAAGUGGGCGUGGAUCUGGGAUGCUCGGAGCGAAGGAGGCAUAUGGUAUCGUUGGCGGCUUUGGGAGAUCAUCACUGGCUCGGAAUCACGCCGGAAUAAAGGGAGGUAUUUGCCGCUCUUCGAUGGGAGCCACGCCUGGAAAGCACCAGAAAAGAACCCACCGUACGAGUUUGUCACUGCGAUUGAUGAAUUCGUGUCCGAUUCCGAGUACAAUUCUUCAGAUGACGAAGACUUUGAUGGUGAAAACCGCGAAGGCCAAGGGGCCGAGGCCGAGGUCACCUUCCUAAACCCGCUCGACAAAGCCAAGCUCACCCAUCUACUGUCUCGCCUGCCAACGACAUUAUCAAAGAUACGAAAGGGAGACGUUGCGCGAGUCACGACUUUUGCCCUCACGCACGCAGGUAGAGGUGCCGAAGAGGUUGUCGACAUGAUCGUCUCGAAUAUCGAAAAGCCUUUCGCUCGAACGGGGGCGAACCGGGAGUUUCAGUCGAACAGCAAGGAAAGAGGCAGACAAAGGGACGACUCCGAGCAGUCUGAUCCCGAGCCGGAAGAGAAGGCCGACAAGGAGGGUCCCGAUACCAGCGCCGCAAGCCUCGUUGGGCUGUAUGUGGUUAGCGAUAUCCUAUCCGCCUCCUCAAACAGCGGCAUCCAGCGAGCUUGGCGAUAUCGACAACUAUUCGAAGCAGCACUCAAAGAGCGCAAGAUUUUCGAGGGUCUCGGUCUGAUGGCUGAGAAGCUAAAAUGGGGCCGGUUGCGGGCUGAGAAGUGGAAGCGCAGCGUCGGACUGGUACUUGGCCUCUGGGAAGGCUGGUGCGUCUUCCCAGCGGAGAGCCAGGAGAUGUUUGCGAGCAGCUUUGACAACCCACCAUCUCUCAAGGUCCAGGAACAAACAGAAGACGACGAGGCCGCUAACAAGCGCAAAUGGAAGCUGGUGGAGGCUUCGAACGCUGAUGUCGACACCGCCGCUGCGGCCCCUAGGCUCAGGAUAUCGGAGAAGAUCACACCCGAAAGGGAGGACGAUGUCGAAGGAGAGCCUAUGGACGAGGAGGAUGUUGCUGGUGAGCCGAUGGAGGACGAUGUCAUGGGCGAGCCAAUGAGCGAGGAGGACGUGGAGGGUGAGCCAAUGGCAGAAGAUGACGUCGAGGGAGAGCCGAUGGAGGAAGAUGAUGGGGGCGAACAAGCGGAGGAUCAGCCAGCACCGGUCGAACCUAGCAAGGUAGAGGAGGCAGCAGAGAGCGCAGAUGUCAACAACGGCACACCACAGACUGUCGGACGGUUGCAGUUGUCGUCCAAGCCGGCGGGGCCUAGGAAACGAAUGAGGGCGGUGGAUAUGUUUGCCGACUCCGGGGACUCGGAUGAGGGAAACUAA